AGUUUUCGAUAUACUGCCAAGCUCAAAUUAUUAAAUUAUGGAUUACUUUUGGAAGCUCAAAGAAUUGAUGGAAUUGCUAUUGAAGAUAUAUUAACAACUGAUGAAGAUCAUAAAUCAAUUGAUGUUGAUUCUACUGAGUUUGAUUCUGAUAAUUAUUUUAGAUCGCUUGGCAAGAAAAUUUAUAAGACUACAGCAAUCAAUGCUGAACGUAAAAAUGUAAUAGCUGAAUUUUUGAAAAGGUCAUCUACUCCAAAACAAUGCAGUAAUUGCAAGAUUUAUUGUCGAACAUUUAAAAAGGAAGGUCAUUCAAAAAUAUUUCAAUGCGCUUUAUCAUCCAAAUUUUCGAAAGCGCAGAGGAAUCAAGAGUUAGCAAAUCAAUAUGCUAGACAACACAACAUACAAGAUACAAAAGAUCUGGAUUCAUUGGUCGAGGAAGAUCAAUCAUACGUUAAUCAAAACUCUAAAGCUGCAAAAGAAUAUGUUACACCAGAAGCAUUGCGUGAUCACUUUCAUAAGCUCUUUGUGAAUGAAUCUGAUCUGUGUUCUUUAUUAUAUGGCAAACGAGGACUUUUAUUGGAUAACCCGAAUUCUCAGACUGAGGUUGUUAGUGCAGAUAUAUUUUUUAUGAGCGUGAUUGCUGUCCCCCCUACGCGCUUUCGUCCAGCAUCAGUUUUUGGUAAUAAUAAGACAUCGAUAAAUCCACAAAAUGAACAUUUAGCUAGAAUUUUGAAUGCACGUCUAGAAUUUUGCACUUAUGCCACAAUGUUGGAUAAAAACAAGAUACAUGUAGAUACUAAUGAGACAAACGAGACAAACUAUGUAGAUGUUGUUGAAAACUUGAUGAAAAGCUGGGUUGAAUUACAAAAUGCG